AUGUUGGAAGACUCAUCUGAGCUGACGGCCCAGGCUUUGACAAGGCUCGGUUAUCUUGAUGAGGAUUUGAAUGCUGUUGAAGCUGAGGCCAUGUUUAGCUUCGUCAAUGUUCGGUGCAACAAGCACAGGUUGAGAAAAGGAGGGAUGCUACCUCAUCACUCCAUCCGUGAUGCCUCAAGCCAGCUACGCUCAGCUUUCCUUUCUCAUUCAUUCCAGGGUCAAUGGCAAAACAUGACAGGCGAUAGCAAUCUGCUGAAGUCAUUGCAGCAUGUCUUGAAGGGAGCUGGGGUGCUUUCAGAAGCAGGUGGCCGAUAA